AUGUUGAACAAACUACUCUUCACACUGUUGCUUGUGACUAUUUUGACCCUCUCAAUUCAAGCAAAGGAACCAUUUACCUUGCUCCCCGAAUCAGAAAUGCAACGACUCUUCACCCAAUUCAGCAGACAACAUGUUAAAUUAUAUGGUACCUCAGAAAUCCACGAAAGACGAUACCAAAUCUUCAAAGCCAACGUUGAAAAGGCAAGAUUUGAGAAUUACAUUACUGGUCGAGAGAAUUUGGGAAUUACCAGAUUUUCAGAUCUCACUCCAGAAGAAUUCAAGAGUAUGUUCUUGAUGAAGACUAAAACGCCUCGGGAAGCAAGAGAAAUUCUGAUUGGAAAGAAACAACCCUCUCCAGCAACCGCCAAGGUGACCAUUAAACAAUUACAGGAAGCUCCAAAGGCCUUCGAUUGGAGAGAACACCAAGCUGUAACUCCAGUGAAGGAUCAAGGAUCUUGUGGAAGUUGUUGGACAUUCUCCACCACAGGUAACAUUGAAGGAAUGUAUGCUGCCAAAACAGGAAAACUCGUUAGUUUGUCAGAACAACAAUUGGUGGACUGUGACCACAAUUGCGUCGUGUGGGAAGGUGAAAAGACAUGCAACAGUGGUUGCAAUGGUGGAUUAAUGUGGAGUAGUUUCGAAUUCAUUAUCAAGACCGGUGGUUUGGUCACUGAGGAUUCUUACCCUUAUGAAGCUGUUAAUGGAAGAUGUCGAUUCAAUGUUUCGAAUGCAGUUGUGAAAAUUUCCAACUGGACCUUUGUUUCCACUCAUGAAGAUGAAAUGUCUGCUUGGUUGGCAAACAACGGUCCAAUUGCAGUUGCAAUCAAUGCUGAUUAUCUUCAAUACUAUCGAAAGGGAAUUCUUAAUCCAUCGAGAUGUGAUCCAGAGGAAUUGAAUCAUGGUGUCUUGAUUGUUGGUUAUGGUGAAGAAAAGGCAGCCAAUGGUAAAAUUGAACAAUAUUGGAUUGUGAAAAACUCAUGGUCCACUUCUUGGGGAGAGAAGGGAUAUUUCCGUCUCUUGAAAGGAAAGGGAGUUUGUGGAAUUAAUCAAGUCCCAUCCACUGCCCUUAUUUAA